UUUUUAUCGAGCAUCUAUUCAACGGACUUGUUCGCCCUCUAAAGAAUCGGCACCAACUUGGCAUCACUUCACCGGCGUACCACAGUACUGACAGCAUUCUCCCGGUACCACCUAUACAGUGUCGCUUUUCCAAGCAGGCAGGACAGUGGCGGCUAGGGACCUAUACAUGCCGGUUAUCACUAGUGCUAGAGAUUAAAGAAAAGAAAAUGAAACGUCCGGACCGGCGAGAUCAUCACGACCGCUGUGGCCGUUUCAACCAGAACUUUCAUCGUGGUAGUAGGGAUCUGGAGGUCUAUGACAGGUAUUGUUCGCAUGUCAACUGAAAGUGACAGAUGCCGACAUGGAAAAGGAUAAGCAAUAGCACAGUGACUCCAACGUUGGGACAAGUGCAACUCCAUACUCGCUAUCGCUACCUCUUCGGCCUGACUAUCAAGCCAUGGCAGUAGCUCUGCAAGGUUCUUGAUAUCUAUAUAUCCUAGGAUUUGCAGGCUUGAUGUGUCCGCUGCCGCCCGUAACUGCACCUAUCGCCUCGCUGGUGAGCGCAUACCAUUCGUGUCCGGGUGAAUGCAAAGGCAUGAAAACAGAAACGCAGUUUCUUCCAUCAGGCAUUCUCCUGCGACGCAUCAAUCGAGCAGACAGAACCAGCGCGGCCUGCACUAUCGACCAACAGCAGUGUGCCUCGAUCCUUGCGAUGCCAAACGCUGUGGGACUGUGGCCUGGCUCGAUCUUCCUAGUUUCGAUCGUUAUUUCAAUUGCUUGCACGCAUGCAUGGGAGUUGUUCCCAUCGGCUUCACUUGCCGACAUCCUUGUCGGUCGGGAUGUGGCAACUCUGCUCGUACAGUCGGCACGCAGUUUACCUGUUUCCACCGUGAUCUGCCCCCCACGGUCCAUGGCUACAAUCAAUCGGAUGCCUCCGAUCUCAAUUUCUUUUUUCUGUCACUUAACCUAGCUAUCGGUU